CGUAGGUUCGUAGUUCGUUCGAUCAUCGUCGACACUACUUUGAACUUAUCUUCAUCCCCCACCCGCCUACAAGACGCACCCCGAUGGCUACAACUCCUCGCUGGAAGGCAGCUCUCACGAAGGCACUCAGCCUCCCAGAGAAUAAACAACAGAACGUUUAUCAGCUCGCAACUGUUGAUGCGAACCAAGAUCCUCGCUCGCGGACGGUCGUACAUCGCGACAUCCUGCAUCCGGAAGGAUGCCCUCAUCUCCCAGUUCUCUUGACCACUACGGACGUGCGGACGCCAAAAGUAUCGCAACUUCGCGGCCACCCACGCGUCGAGAUUACGUGGUGGAUGGGAGGUUCUCAGGACCAAUUCCGCAUCUAUGGUCCCGUCCGCGUCGUGCCAUCUCCAGAUGCGAAGCUAGAUUCUGGGAGUGGCUCCCGGGAGCCAUCUCUGGCAUUCGAUCGCAUGGACGAGCAGGACUUCGACUGGGAGAAGAGCCGUCUCGACGUGUUCGACAGCAUGAGCGCGCAUAUGAAGGCCAGCUGGUGCCGUCCACCGCCCGGAAGCACCAUGCAGUCUUACGACGAAGCGAAGAAGUGGCCGCAGACCGUGCCGAAGCUCAGAGAGGCGGAGACAGAGGAAGAUAAGCGCAACCAACAGCAAGCCCUGCGCAACUUCGCUCUUGUUCUCAUUGAGGCGCUCGAGGUCGAUUGGGUGCAGCUGGCUGAGAAGCCGAACCAGAGGACGCGGUUUACGAGGAGUGGAGAGGAGUGGAAGGAAGAAAUCAUAGUGCCGUGAUGGAACCCGACGCCCAGCACCUGCGUCUCGGUUUCAUUACUUGGAAAGUGUAUCUCUAGCCAGGCCCCUUCGGAUAUGGAUGAAUAUGGCGCAUUUGUAUUCUGUACUGUGAAUUAGGGCGGUUGAACUGUAUAGUAACCUACUACCCGUCCGCCCACGUACCAUUUCACAUGAUGCAUGAAGCAUCGGCUUCGUCUCC